GUGAUGUAUUGAGAUUGGCUGUGCUCACUGGGUUACUUCCCAUAACUGUUGAUCAAUCUUUAAACCAUUUGUUGCUGCUACGGAAUGGAAUAAUUAUCAGUGUCGCAUACACCGAGUGUGUUUAGGAAUACAAAUUCAUAUUUGUCCGAAAUGAGGAAGUUAAAUGGAAGCCGGCCGAGACCACAAUCAUUAUAUGAUGACCAAGACGAUGAAAAAUUGGACCUUAAAAUUGACAGCAUUGCCCCUAAAAAGAAAACACCAACGUUUGUUUAUGUUUUGACAUUUUUCUCUGCUCUUGGUGGAUUUUUGUUUGGAUAUGACACCGGUGUAAUCUCUGGUGCGAUGAUGCUUCUCCGUAACGAGUUUCUCCUAUCAUCUGUUUGGCAAGCACUAAUAGUUAGUGUCACUGUCGCCGCUGCCGCUGUUUUUGCCUUAAUAGGGGGAUGUUUAAAUGAUCGUGCGGGACGUCGUCCGGUUAUAAUGUCAGCAAGUAUUAUUUUCACUAUUGGUGCGCUAUGUAUGGGUAUAGCUAGAGACCGAUACCUUCUCCUGGCAGGACGUGUUGUGGUCGGAGCAGGAAUAGGUUUAACAUCAACAACGAUACCAAUGUACCUAGCGGAAUGUGCCCCAUCUCAUGUGCGUGGAAGAAUCGUAUCAACCAAUAUUGCCAUGGUAGCGUUUGGACAAUUUAUUGCAAAUGUUGUUGAUUGGAUUUUCAGUCCGGAUAAACUAAAUGGAUGGAGGUAUAUGUUAGGACUUGCUGGAAUACCAUCUUUUAUUCAGUUUCUGGGCUUCGUAUUUAUGCCUGAAAGUCCUCGUUGGCUAAUUAAAAAUAAAUAUGAAGAGAAAGCCAGAAGAGUAUUACAAAGCAUGAGAGGUCAGCUUGACAUCGAGGAAGAAUUUCAAGCUAUAAAAAGUAGCUUUAGAACAGAGGACAACGAGCAACAAUCUUCUAACAAGCCGAUAUUUAUACAAAUGUUACAGACUCCCUGUGUUAGAAGAGCACUCCUUGUUGGUUGCAGUUUGCAAAUGUUUCAACAACUUUCAGGAAUCAACACGGUAAUGUAUUAUACUGCAACUAUAAUUCACAUGGCAGGUGUGAAAAAUGAUCAGACGGCGAUACUACUUUCGGCAGUCAUGGCGGCAAUCAAUUUUCUGUUCAACGUCCUUGGACUUUAUUUAGUAGAACGAAUUGGAAGACGUGCAUUAACUAUAAGCAGCUUAAUAGGUGCUGUGGUAAGUUUAGCAUGGCUUGCAGUAGGAUUUCAUUUAUCUGCUCUUCAUACUCCGAAUAUAUCAAUGGUAGAGCACUCUGCGAGAGGAACACCUUGUUCAACAUAUAAAACAUGCAAUGACUGUAUGCAAGACUUGUUUUGUGGAUACUGCUAUCAAGACGUCCGACAUGCUGCUUUGAAUAGUUCUUGUUUACCUACUACAUACGAUAACCCAUGGGUAUCCACUGGAGGGAGAUGUAAUACUACAGACUUAAAAGGAGAUCUUACAUGGGCGUAUGACUUUUGUCCUACGGACUUCUCGUGGAUGCCUAUGAUUGGCUUAGUACUGUAUCUCAUAUUCUUUGCCCCAGGUAUGGGACCAAUGCCAUGGACAAUAAACUCCGAGAUUUAUCCAUUAUGGGCAAGAAGUACGGGAAAUGCCGUGUCAACUUUUACAAACUGGAUUUUUAAUUUGGCUGUAUCUAUGUCAUUUUUAAGCCUUACAGAGAAUUUAACCAGAUUCGGUACAUUCUGGUUAUAUGCUGGAUUUGCAUUUGUCGGUGUUCUAAUUAUUGGUUUUACUCUACCGGAAACAAAAGGGAAAAGUUUAGAGGAGGUCGAAGGAUUAUUUGCUAGGCCUUGGUGUGGUACGGCCGGACCAACGAUAGAUUACAACACAAACACUAUACAAUAUGUUCACAUCAGAGGCCUAAAUCGAGACGGAAGAGAAUCGGAAUUGGAGUCACCAGAAUGAUGAGUAGCAAUGACCAUAUCUAAUUCAGGAUAAUCAGAUACUCUUGAAAGAUCAGUGAAUGUGUAUAAAACCAAAAAAUCCACAUCAUGUCUAAUGCGCAAACAGGUUUUUGAUUUUAUCCAUUCGCAGAUGAAGAAUAUAAAAAGCUAUUAAAUGUUCAGUCAGAUGAUCUAAUUUUGAAUUUACAAUUAAAAAAAAAAACGACACCGCACUUUUCAAUUUUAGUAGAAAUUUUCAACAAAUUUCAUUCGAAAAGAAUGGAGACCAAAAAAUUACAGUUGUUUUCUUUUUAUGAUCAUUUACCAACCCAUUAGAGAACAUGUUCCCAUAUAAACGGAUAGGGGUUUAGCGGGCUGUUAUUUCUGAUCUCAUAUUUCUGUAUUGAGUAAUUAAAAUUUUUGGGUUGUCAUUUUCAGCAAUUUGUAUGAAAAUAGUGAUUUGUUUUUAAUUCGUGUUAUGAUCAAAUUACUAGUGAGUAAAUUGUGAGAUUAUCUAUUGUAUUAGUACGGUAACAAUGUGGUAUAGUGCAAUUUUUAUAAUUACAAUAUUGAUUAUAUGGAACUAACAUCAAAAUUGGGCAAACAAGACACAUUUUAUUGUAAAGCAUAUCUGAACAAGUGUUUAACUGCGAAUUUUUGUCGAUUGUUCAUAAAAUGUGAUAACAGGUUUCUUGCUAUGAACGUUUAUACUAAGUGUGGUGUGUAUUAUGUUAUCAAAGUGACAGCAUAUGUGAAUGCUAUUAUCAAAUUUUUGUCACUUGUUAUAGAUAAUUCUUUUUUCUAAUUAAAAUCAAUAGUCAUUUGUUACUAAUAAUUUGAUAUUUUUAGACCAGGCUGAUUUAAAAGACCAAAAGGUGUGCAGUAAUAUCCUACAAAUGCCUGUUCUGUUGAAUUGCAGUUACGCCAUGCAGUUAAUAAUUUAUUAUGUCCGAAACAAUCAUGUGUUUGAUUUACUUUGUUUAUUUCAAACAUAAGAUACAAAAACAAUCUACAGACGACAUCGAUCAUGAUAAAUUAGUUACACUUUAAACUACCACCAAAAUAUCUUCGUCAUAUGUUCUGGGUUUUUUUAUUAUUUUUUAUCACAAUUUAACAUUUUAGUUUUUAACUCCAUCUAUCUGUAUCAAUCUGAACGAGUUUAUUGUUUGUUUAAAGUUUGCUCUCGAAAAAAUUUGGUCAAGUUUUAAACAAUUCUAGUUUCUUGAAAUACACAUUUAUAUAUAUGUUAACAAAAUCAUUAUUCAAUAUUUUAACUUAAUUCAAUCAAUCAAAAAUGACGUUCAAGAUUUCGAAAAAGUUUAGUUUCCGAUAUUUUAAAUGCCUAAAACAUCUGUUAAAGUAAGAGGGGAUUAAGAUAUUAAAGGGACAUUGAACGCAUAUGUCGAUAACAUUAAUAACACCAUGCAUAUGGCAAAAAAAGAAAAAGACUAAUAGACAAACAAUAGUACACAUAACCCAACAUUAAAAACUAACCUACAUAUAUAGAUUUUUAAAAUAAAAGAUGAUUGAGGUACGUCGCGUUAUUCAGUCAUUAAACUUUUCCUCAAAGUUUCUUUGACAAACUGUGCAGAGCAUACCACUUAAUUGGAAACAAUAUAAGGUGAAAAUACUCUUGCAUUUGUUAAUUUAUCUGCUGUUAAUGAAAUCCAUUUAGAUUCUUAGUUUCGCAUCAGUGUCAAUAAAUGUGUACUGAUUUAAACACUGGUUAUACAAACAUGUACGAACCCAAAAAUCAUAACUAUGAGCUAAAUUUGAAAAUUGCUAAUUUCUGGACAUACUACCUUAAUAAUUUUGAAAUCUGGAUGCAACAAUUGUAUACCGUACAAUGGUAAUGCAUUAUAGAAAUAUGUUUUAUCUUUUAAAAAGAAUAAAAGUGUAAAGAAAAAACUAUUUGUAAUUUUGUUUGUACAUUACCGAAAUGUGAAUAUGUGGUGUUUAAAAUGUGUUUUGUAGUUUUAUACUUUCAUAAGAUAUAUAUUGUAGUGAUUACAUUUGUUUGGUUAACAUAGUGGAUCAUACUGUACCUAGAAGCCAUUUAACGUAUGUAAUAAUUUUUUUGUAUAUAGGAAGUAUCUCAUGUAUAUAAAACAUACCUCAUAAUAUCGCAGUUUGAUAAAACAAAACAUUUUAUUAAAUGUUUACAUAGAUAAAAGAAUCUCCUGAGCGAAUUAUUUAUUUGAAUUAUAUUCAAAUAUUGCAAUCAAAGUUUCCAGACAAUGCAUGGUUUUAGUCAGAUAUAGUUUCCUGUUUCACCUUACAUGGGUUUUUUUCAGACGUUUGAAAGAAACUUUAUGUUUAUCCAAUUAUUGAAAUUGGCUAUUUCUAGCGUCCAAAUAACUGUUGAUUGAGGAAAAUUUCAGUCGUACUUGUAACAUUAAUAUAUAUGUUUGCUCUAUAAGUUACACCAAACUUACUCAUUAUUUUGUUACAGUUAAAACGCUUCUGCAAUAUAAAAUUGCACAGCUACAUAGUUAUAUCAUAGAAUCACGUCACAUCCAUUUUCACCAGAUUGGACAAAUUUCUAUUUUGUUUAUACUAGUAUUUACGAAAUUCGCUGUAGAAAUGAAAUAGAUGGGUUGUAGCGAAAGUCAGAUGACUUACUUAUUUGUUUUGUUUCUUCUUUUUUAUUGAAUUUGAAAUGAACAUGUGUUAUUAUGAUGAAUUGUAGUCGCCUCACAUUGUUAGUUUGUCGGUAACAUAUGAUUUAUUAUCAUAUUUGUUUUCCUUGACUUAAUUUUCUUCCAGACUUUCUUGUGAAGAACAGUAGUAGGAUUUUCUUAGUUACACAUUACUUAGUAUAUAAAUAACAGAUGAAAAAUCGAAAAAUAUUCGUGUCAUUCGGGAUUAUUUUUCAGUGUAUCAUUUUGUAUGUGUGUGUAAAAAAAUUAAUGUAGUGCUAUCAAAUAUAUAUACAUACGCUUCGAAUGUGUUUGGGAUUUUUGGUAAAAUAAUUCUAAAAUCUUAAGUGAAGCAGAAAUAUUAGAAAUACAAAGUAGUUGUUUUAUUUUUGCGCUUUGUCAUGCCCUCUGCUGACUGAAAUUUAUAACAACCUCAACUAUUUAGAAGAAAACAAUUUCAAGUUCUAACUUUCUUUGUACAUAUAGUAUUUUUUUGUUUCUUAUAACAUUAGAUUAAAUUUCUCAAAGGGGGAAAACAUAUCAAGAGCGUAAUAAAGUCCAAUAACAACUGACAACACCAUGUCCAAAAAGAGACAUGACUUAACAAAAAUAAAAAUAAAAUAAAACACUACAAAAACUUCAGAACUAGCAAUACGAACCAGGCAAACACAGAAAAGGAGGAAGAGGGGGAACUCGGGUGAUCGGAACUGUACAUUUAUAUAAUAUAUCAAAUGAACUCCUUGUUUGAUGUGAUGUUUAACUAUAUAUUACAGAUUAGUGUAUUCUAGAAUAAAUGUUUCGGACGUCCAAAUGAAUUUUGGCGAAUAGGUUGACUACCUUUAAAUACAACAUUAAGUGCAUUCGAUCAAACAUCGCCAAAACAGUUUUGUUAGCCUUUAAAUUUAAGUCCAUAGCAGUUAGCCUAUUAAUAUAGAUCAAUAUUUUAUAUUGUCUGCAUAUUCUUGUAAUCAUGUAUUUGUUAUGUUAAUGAGAUGUUUAUUGUAUGUUAUUUGUUAUGAACAUCACAUAGAUUGUAACCAGUAUGGAUAUAUAUUUUUGUGACAAAAAUAAAGUGGUGCUUAAGAUGUCUUGA